UAGAUAAUGACAUGGUAUAUCCGCACAGUCGCUCACUAAGAAUCGCCAGUACACAUACUCAUUUUGUAGUGUAUAGAUCACAUUUUUUCAACAAUGUUGUGUAAAGUUGCUAUUUUAUUGUUGUUCGUUGCUUGUGUCUACGGAUAUGAAGACUGCGGUUCAAAGGACGGAUCAGUUGUAUCAGUUACGAUAAGUAACUGUGAUAACGACAAGAAAUGUAUACUCAAAAGAAAUACAAACGCCUCUAUCGAAAUAGCAUUCACCACAAAUGCCGAUUCUGACACCCUCACCGCCGUUGUCCACGGUGUGGUCCUGGGGGUCCCUGUUCCGUUCAAUCUACCAAACCCAGAUGGGUGUAAAGACUCGGGGGUGAGCUGCCCUCUCAGAGCGGGACAAUCUUACGCUUACAAAACUGUUCUACCCGUCCUUUCAAGCUACCCAAGGGUCACAGUUGACGUUAAAUGGGAACUGCAAGAUAAAGAAGGAAAUGACAUGGUCUGCAUUCUCAUCCCCUCACAAAUUAAAUAAAUAGGUCACUCUAUAAUUUUAUUUUUAUACCUACGAAGUACUUGUGGAAAUGAGUCAAAGAACAAUAGUUAUGUUGUGAUAAUUUUUAUGUAGAAUGCCGAAUCAGCAAUAAAUCAGAGAAAGUUA